AUGGAGAAAGAUCAUAUCCUACGAGAAAACAUUUUACGUCAAAUUCGAGAGUAUCAGGUGAAGGGUUACGCGCACCGAGCUUCACCUGAGGAGAUGACUAACUUUGAUCCCCGUAGAAUCUGGUUCUUGCCGCUAGGAGCUGUAGUAAACCCGAAGAAGCCCGGGAAGGUCCGAUUGAUAUGGGAUGCUUCUUCAAAGGUUGAUGGUAUCUCCUUAAACACACUACUCCUCAAAGGUCCCGACGAGCUCACUUCGCUGCUGCACGUGUUGUUCCGUUUCCGACAAUUUCCUGUGGCAGUGACCGCCGACAUCAAGGAAAUGUUCCACCAAUUAAAAAUAAGAGGAAUGGAUAAAUGUGCACAACUUUUUCUAUGGCGGGACGAUCCUGGCAAACAACCAGACGUAGCAGUAUUUGGAGCGACAUGUUCACCUGCUAUGGCCCAAUACGUUAAAAACGUGAAUGCAAAGAGAUUUUCUCAGGAUUUCCCGAGAGCCGUGGAAGGGAUCAUCCAAUGUCACUAUGUGGACGACUAUCUGGAUAGUUUUCUGACUAUUGAAGAAGCAAAAAAGGUAGCGUCGGAGGUGAAAGCAAUCCACAAAAGUGGCGGAUUUGAGAUUCGAGGAUGGGGAUCAAACUUUGAUGAGAUUCCAUUUUAUCUUGGAGAGCCUAAGGAGACUGUCGUAAAAAACCUUGGGGUAAUGAAUGGGGAAGAAACAGAACGAGUUCUGGGUAUGCAGUGGCUUACGGAGAGAGAUGAACUUAAAUAUUCCACCGAGAUGAGAGCGGAUAUAACGGAUCUGAUCGCUAGUAGCGCGAUACCAACCAAACGGCAGGUACUUAGAUGCCUAAUGACACUAUUUGAUCCGCUUGGUUUGGCGGCACCGUAUGUUGUACACGGGAAAAUCCUGUUGCAGGACAUAUGGCGUGCAGGAUCAGAUUGGGACGAGCCAAUCGCUGAGUCAUCAUUCGAGCGUUGGCAAAUCUGGACCGCAAUGCUCAGGAGUAUUAAUGGAGUGCGUAUCCCUCGUAGCUACUUUAGAAGUAUUUCUGGGGAAUGCAUGCAUGAUAUUCAAAUUCACACAUUCGUCGACGCGAGUCCGGCUGCUUACGCGUGCGUUUCAUAUUUGCGCGUCGUGAAUUCUGAUGGGAAAGCAGAAGUUGCUUUGGUUGCAGCAAAAACGAAAGUUGCGCCUUUAAAACUAAUGACAAUCCCGAGGCUCGAGUUACAAGCCUGUGUGCAGGGGGCCCGCCUUAUGAAGUUCGUCGUAGACGGUCACAACUUUGGGAUAACCAAGAGGUUCCUGUGGACAGAUUCAACAGUGGCGUUGAGCUGGAUCAAUUCGGAUCCGUGUAGAUUUCGACCGUUCGUUGCACAUCGCGUGAGUGAAAUCCAGGAGUAUACGCAACAAAUGGAGUGGCAAUGGGUGCCAUCAGAUAAGAAUCCCGCUGACGAAGCAUCAAAAUGGGGAGUUGGUCCCUACUUCUGUUCGAAUAGUAUCUGGUUUAGCGGACCAGAAUUCCUUUGUAAGCCCGAGGAUGAAUGGAUCGACUGGGAGAUACCGCAUCAUCGAGUGCAACAAUGCAAAGACGAACUGCGAUCACUAUACAUACAUCAAGAGUUUUUCAUUCCGGAACCGAUCGUCGAUGUCAGCCGAUUUUCGUCCUGGAAUCGUUUGCAUCGUUCCGUUGCUUAUGUCUACCGAUUUAUCGUCAAUUCGAAACGAAACCGCAAUUACCAAACUGGUGAUCUAACACAGAACGAGUUACAGGAGGCUGAAAAAAUUUUGAUUCGAUCGGUACAGUGGGAGUGUUUUGCAGAAGAGAUGGCAACAUUAUCUAGAAAUCAAAAAGUAGCUGAUACUGAACGUCGUGCUCUGGACAAGACCAGCAAAAUGUAUCAACUUACACCGACUUUGGAUGAAGUAGGCAUCCUACGAAUAGAUGGUAGGAUAGGAGCGGCUUCUUGCGCUUCAAGAGAUCUCAAAUUCCCCAUCAUAUUGCCAAAAUCACAUCACCUAACUCAUCUAAUCAUCGAUCGACAGCACCGUAUUCUGCUACACGCGAACAAUGAGACAGUGGUCAAUGAAGUUCGCCAACGUUUCCACGUUCCGAAUUUACGAGCCCAGGUGAAGAAAGUAGUUGAAAACUGUCAAUACUGUAGGAUAAAAAAAGCAGUCCCACGAGUUCCUCAAAUGGCAGCUUUACCAUUAGCCAGAUUAUCUCCGUAUGUACGCCCUUUCAGUUAUGUAGGGGUUGAUUACUUUGGGCCUUUAUUCGUGAAAGUUGGAAGAAGUAGUGUGAAGCGCUGGGUGGCGCUUUUCACAUGUAUGACAAUUCGUGCUGUCCAUGUGGAGAUGGUCCACAAUUUAACCACUGAGUCCUGUAUCCGAAGCGUGCGCCGUUUCGUCUGUCGUCGUGGAGCUCCCCUAGAAAUACACAGUGACAAUGCUACAAAUUUUCAAGGUGCAGAAAGAGUUUUGAGGGAGCAAAUCAAUGCUGGACUAACUAGAACCUUCACAAGUACAACAACUAAGUGGCGAUUCAUCCCUCCUACUGCCCCACACAUGGGAGGUGCGUGGGAGCGGAUGGUAAGGUCGAUAGAAACUGCUAUUAUCUCGGCGUAUAACGAUGAACGAAUGAAUGAUGAAUCUCUGCAUACAUUGCUAUUGGAAGCGGAAUCGCUAGUGAAUAGUAGGCCCUUGACGUACUUACCUCUGGACUCUGAGGAACAAGAGGCUCUUACUCCUAACCACUUCCUUCUAGGGAGUUCAUCUGGUUCAAAAGAGGAAUGCAGCGUAACCACAAGCGAUAGUGUGAUGCUAAAACAAUCAUGGAAUAAGAUUCAAGGAUGCAUGGAUCGAUUUUGGUCGCGUUGGAUCAGAGAGUACUUGCCAGUACUCACAAAACGUACAAAAUGGUUUGGUGAGACGAGGAAUGCGCAAGUGGAUGACCUUGUACUGGUGUUGGAUGAUACCAGAAAAAACAAUUGGAAUCGAGGUCGAAUAUUGGAGGUGAUAACCGGAAAAGAUGGCACCGUUAGAUAA